AGAAUUGAAGUGGUUAGGUCAGGUCGUGGAUCUCGAGCUAACCUUCGCUACCACUCUCAACCUCACUCAUCUUCCCCUCCACUCCUACAAAUUCCCAUCUCUCUCUGCUGUACCCGACACACGACACUGCUUUGCUUCUGCUCUCCUAGUCUCCGAGUCGGUUUUACACACUACAAUGGCGGAUCGGCGAGUCUUUACCCUCUCACAGGUCGCCCAGCACAAAUCCAAGAAAGAUUGCUGGUUCGUCAUCAAUGGCCGGGUAUUGGAUGUGACGAAGUUCCUGGAUGAACAUCCCGGAGGAGAGGAGGUACUGAUAGAGGCAGCAGGAAAGGAUGCUACGAAAGAAUUCGAGGAUAUUGGUCACAGCAAGGCUGCUCAGAAUAUGCUAGCGAAGUUCCAGGUGGGCGUCCUCCAAGGAUUCAAGGUACAAGAAGGAGACGCUCCUGCUGCUGCUUCUUACAAAGAAAGCAAGGGCAAAGAGAUGUCAGCUUUUGUGAUCAAGGAAGAUGGGUUGCCCAAAUUUAAGAGCUUCAUGGAGUUCUUUGUUCCGCUCAUGGUCGCGGGCUUCUUCUUCAGCUACAGGUACUUGACCACGGCGGCUUAGGUCUCCUAUUAGAUUAGACAUUACUCCUCUGCAAAAGGCCAAAUCCCUCUUAUCGUUGUUCCUUUUCUUUUCUUUUUCUUUUUCCUUUUUUUUUUCUUUUUUCUUUGUUUGAGUGUGAGAGGGAAGAAGCAAAAAUAUGUUCAUCACAGUAAUUUUCAAUAAAUUAUCCUAUAUUGACUGCAA